AUGGGUUUCCGCAAGGUCAUCAAGAGCAACGCGUACUACAGUCGCUUCCAGACUAAGUACAAGAGAAGACGUGAGGGCAAGACCGACUACUAUGCCCGUAAGCGCCUCAUCACCCAGGCCAAGAACAAGUACAAUGCUCCCAAGUACCGCCUGGUCGUCCGCUUCACCAACAAGGACAUCAUCAUGCAGAUCGUCAGCUCUGAGAUCUCUGGUGACAAGGUCCUCGCCGCUGCCUACGCCCACGAGCUCAAGGCCUACGGCAUCACCAACGGUCUGACCAACUGGUCCGCCGCCUACGCCACCGGUCUCCUGAUCGCCCGCCGUGUCCUCAGCAAGCUCGGCCUCGACAAGACCUUUGUCGGUGUUGAGGAGGCCGACGGUGAGUUCACCCUCACCGAGUCCGCCGAGACCGAUGAUGGCGAGCGCCGCCCCUUCAAGGCCUUCCUCGACGUUGGUCUUGCCCGUACCUCCACCGGUGCCCGUGUCUUCGGUGCCCUCAAGGGUGCUUCCGACGGUGGUAUCUUCAUCCCCCACUCCGAGAAGCGAUUCCCUGGCUACGACAUCGAGUCCAAGGAGCUGGACGCCGAGACCCUCCGCAAGUACAUCUACGGUGGCCACGUCGCCGAGUACAUGGAGACUCUGGCCGACGACGAUGAGGAGCGCUACAACGGCCAGUUCGUCAAGUACAUUGAGAACGACAUUGAGGCCGACGGUCUCGAGGACCUCUACACCGAGGCCCACAAGGCCAUCCGUGAGGACCCCUUCAAGAAGCCCGAGGGUGAGAAGAAGACCAAGGAGGAGUGGAAGGCCAUCUCCAAGCAGCACAAGGUUGCCAGAAUCUCCAAGGCGGAGAAGGCUGCCAACGUCCAGGCCAAGAUCCAGAAGAUCCUGGCUGAGGAGUAA